GCCGGGCCUCAGGACAGCGAGCGCCGCCGCCGGGCCUGGGGCGCGGGGCCGCGGGAGGCCGAGGACCGCGGUCUCUCCCCAGCCUCACCAUGACCCCGUGAUACCAGAGGCUGAGCCCCGGGUCAUCCGCCACAGAUCCCACCAGCGCGCAUCAUGGCUAAGAGUGCAGAGGUCAAGCUGGCCGUAUUCGGGAGAGCUGGUGUGGGCAAGUCAGCGCUCGUGGUGCGGUUCCUGACCCGACGGUUCAUCUGGGAGUACGACCCCACACUGGAAUCCACCUACCAACACCAGGCGACCAUCGACGAUGAAACCGUUUCUAUGGAAAUCCUGGACACGGCUGGGCAGGAGGACGGGGCGCAGCGUGAGGGCCACAUUCGGUGGGGCGAAGGCUUCGUGCUGGUCUACGACAUCACCGACCGCGGCAGCUUCGAGGACGUGCUGCCCCUGAAGAACGUUCUGGACGAGAUCAAGAAGCCCAAGCCGGCCACGGUGGUGCUGGUGGGCAACAAGGCGGACCUGGGGCACUCGCGGCAGGUGAGCGCGGAGGAGGGCCGGCGGCUGGCCGCGCAGCUGGCCUGUGGCUUCUACGAGUGCUCGGCCUGCACGGGCCAGGGCCGCAUCGCCGAGCUCUUCCUGGAGCUGGGCCGCGAGGUGCGGCGCCGGCGGCUGGCGCAGGGCAAGGCGCGGAGACGCAGCUCCACCACGCAGGUCAAGCAGGCCCUCAACAAGAUGCUCACCAAGAUCAGCAGCUAGGCCGGCGGCCGGGGCGGCAGGAGGGGGAGGAGGAGGAGGAGGAGGACCAGAGGAGGAGGAGGACCAGGAGG